AUGUCAUUCGAUUGUUGCAAGUCAGGCUUCAAAUGGGACGGAAAGCCAAUUGGCUCAGAAGGUGCCCUUGAUAAGAACAAAGCCUACAUCACCGGCUCGAACAAGGAUGUCGCUAUCUUGAUAAUUCAUGAUGUAUUUGGCUGGACAUUUAACAACCUCCGUAUUUUGGCAGACCACUUUGCACAAGAAGUUGAUGCCACCGUCUACCUUGUAGAUUCCUUUGGCGGCGAAGUCGUUGACGAAAACCUUCUCGAGUCCGCCGUGAAGACAGGGGAUGCCGAAGUGCUGAAAAAACUCGAUAUGCCAGGCUUCAUGGGCCGCAACUCCAAAGAUAUCCGUGGGCCCGAGGUUUUCGCCUGCGCCAGAGCUUUGAAGUCGCAAUACAAGAAGAUUGGCGCUGCGGGAUAUUGCUUCGGUGGAUGGGCAUCUUUCCAGCUCGGAGCGAAGGGCAACAAUCUCAUCGAUGCCAUCUCGGUUGCACACCCAUCGCUGCUCGUUAAAAGCGAGAUUGAUACGCUGUUUGUGCCGACACAGAUUCUGGCUCCUGAGACAGACCCGCAAUUGACGCCAGAGCUGAAGGAGUAUUGCAACAAGGUCAUUCCGGGUUUGGGUAUACCAUACCAGUAUGACUACUACCCAGGUCUCGUGCAUGGAUUUGCUGUGAAGGGUGACCCAAACAAUGCAGAGCAGAAAGCUGGACUGGAGAGAGCGAAGAACGCGACUGUGUCUUGGUUUAAUGAGUUUUUGCACUAG